AUGUCCGCUGAUGGUCUGUCCACGGUCUCUGUCCAGACUUUGCCCAGCCUGUCUGUUAUGGCAAACUACACUGCAAGACGACGGCUUACCCAGUAUAUUGCGAUGAUUCCCAUCCUUCGCGAGACACCCCACAACAUUCCGAAGUGGUUGUUUGAUGUUCUGUCCAUAUUUGGAUUGUGCGAGGAUAAGCCCCGCGAGUUUCGCCGCUAUGAAGAUCCCACUCAUCCUCUGCCGGAUGGAUUCAACCAUGAGAUUGCCACCAUUCGUCGAUUCUUGGUUCAGCAUGCAAAGCCUUCGUGGUUUGCGUGGGCGGCUCCCUUGUUCCAGGGCAUAGAGAAUAGGGUCGGGUUCGAAAGGCUCAGCGAAGCCUCCUUGAAGGCAUAUACCGCUAAUCAGAUUGAUAUGCAAACCUUGAACAAAUUACUGCAUCAGAUUGCCGAGUCUAGACGCAGCCUCCGAUCGGCUCAACGCAAACCACCCCCCGUACCUCCAUCUGCCAUGCCUCCACCGCCCGCUCCGCAUGUGACUAACAAUGCUCCUUCUGACUCGAUGGAUAUGAGCAUUGACAGCUCGCAUGAAACAGAUGACAUGGACAUAAGUAACAGCAGUAUCAUUCUCGAAUUUGCACCUGGUCCCUCUUGGUAUCCCCCUAAGCCGCUACAUCAGUCUUCACCCCCGCCGGCUGAAUUCAGGCUGGCUAACCUGCCUGCCUCACCGCCACGUCUUCCACUCUCACCAGAACCUUCCCUCGCACGUUUUCUUCCCCACCAUAAUAGUGUAACACAACCGUACUCCAAAAUCGCAAACACACCGUAUUCUGCAUACCAGGAUGAUUAUGUGGCCAGCGUAUCAGAUUUGGAGGGCCAGCAUUCGGAGGCUACCGUAAAGGAGAUGGACGUGUUUGCGAAGGUGAACAGUUGGCGCACCGCAGAGACUGGCGAUUUGAAGGAUGAACAGCGCUACCAGGAGCAGAGUGGUCUCCAAGGCGAACAGUGCGUCUCAGAGACAAGCGACCCUCUGGAUGAACAGCGCACCUCUAGUAUGAGUGACCUAAAGGACGAACAGCAUGCUCAAGAGCCGAGUGACCUCAAAGACAAAGGCAAACAGCGCGCGGGGGAGCCAGGCAACGUUCUUGGCAAUCAGCACCCACAGCACAUGAUUCCGGACAGUUCCAAGGCCAUUCCACCUGCCACAAUCUCAACGGGCCUUGACGAAGCGCAACCACUACAGAAUCCCAUGGUGAACAGACACCGAGCCAGACAGGUUCGCGCGAAAUGGCUUGGACAGGUGACCAAAGGCUUGUUUUCGCGUGCUGAAGGCAGUAAAAAGGGUUUCUCAUGUCAAUCCUGCAAGCGUGCACACAGGCGUUGCUCUUGGGAUGAGGAGUUGAUCAAGAGCCGCAUUGUUUCGCAUAUGGACGAUACCAUUCGCCAACUACAAGAUUUGGCAUUGCGUGGUAGAAAUAACAAACACAUCACGACUCUCAAGACAACUUCUGCUGCAAAGAUCGCUGUACGUCCUAUGUCAGAACUUACGACACUCCAUGCCGGUCCAUCCUCGGAGGGCACGCAGGCCACUGUACCCCAUGCUGGUCCAUCAUCGGAGGGUUCCCAGGCUGCUGUACCUGGUGCAGGUCCAUCGUCGGAGGGCGUCAAGGUGACUGUACCGUGUGCUGGUUCAUCGUUCGAGGGCACGCAGGCCGCUAUACCCCAUGCGGGUCUGUCACCAGAGGGCAUCACGGUGACUGUACCUCACGCAGGUCCAUCAUCGGAGGACAACCAGGCCGCUAUACCUGGUGCAGGUCCAUCGUCGGAGGUCUUCAAAAUGACUGUACCCCGUGCUGGUCCAUCGUCGGAGGGCAUCAAGAUGACUGUACCCCGUGCUGGUCCAUCGUCAGAGGGCAACCAGGCCGCUAUAUCUGGUGCAGGUCCAUCAUCGGAGGGCAUCAAGGUGACUGUACCCCAUGCUGGUCCAUUGUCAGAGGGCAACCAGGCCACUGUACCUGGUGCAGGUCCAUCGUCGGAGGGUGUCAAGGUGACUGUACCACGUGCUGCUUCAUCAUCGGAGGGUGUCAAGGUGACUGUACCCCGUGCUGGUCCAUCGUCAGAGGGCAACCAGGCCGCUAUAUCUGGUGCAGGUCCAUCGUCGGAGGGCAUCAAGGUGACUGUACCCCAUGCUGGUCCAUUGUCAGAGGGCAACCAGGCCACUGUACCUGGUGCAGGUCCAUCGUCGGAGGGUGUCAAGGUGACUGUACCACGUGCUGCUUCAUCAUCGGAGGGUGUCAAGGUGACUGUACCCUGUGCUGGUCCAUCGUCGGAGGGAGUCAAGAUGCCUGUACCCCACACCAGUCCAUCGUCGAAGGACAACCAGGUCGCUGUACCUGGUGCAGGUCCAUCGUCAGAGGGCAUCAAGGCCGCUGUACCUGGGGCAGGUCCAUCUACACCUACUCUCAGCAGGGUGGAUGAAGCCAUAAGCACAAUGUCGAUGUCAGAAUUUUCAGAUGGCUUACUGCCUGCCUCGGAUGAGGACAAGCGCAUUGCCAUACAUAGGGCACAAAUCGCUUGGCUGUCAGAGAAAGAGCGAGAGGACACUGAGGAGGAGGCGAAAUUAGAAAAACACCGAGUCACGUUCGGCGAGGAACGUACCUCACGCUUUCAAGACAGCGAAGCAGCAGCAUUUGCCGCAAUGUGUUUCCGAAACUUUGAAUAUUCCUUCACCGUCUUUCUCGGGUACGGCGAGGUUCACAGCGUAAUGACUGGCGCUCACAGCUUCACUGCGACCACUCUCAUCAUAGACGAUCUCCAUACCGCGUUCAUCGAAAUCGCUCUUGACCCUGCCAAUCCCCGGUACUACGACUGCUUGACCAGAGUCGCCCAUCCAGAUCGCGGGUUGAUGGUUCCCUGGAGUAAAGGGCGUGCAUAA